CGACAAAAUGCACAGGUACUUCAUCUCACAAGUUCCAUCCUAGGUACAGUUAAUCAUGUUUAGUGUUUGUUUUGUGGUAGGUACAUUGAAAAUCACAAAUUAUUAUAUUGUCUUUUGCGUCAUCAUUUUUACAAAACCCGCGUUUAUCUACAGUCAGAGUGGCACUUGUUAAAAUAAUAUAUAGUGUACGGUGUUUCAUUUUACUCGUUCACUGUACGAUUAUUGAGUUCUCGGUUGGACGACUUUGAACUUUAAGUGCUGCUCCGAAAAUAUUGGAAACUUUCACAACGUUGUAAGAUGCGAAAAAUCGCUAUUUUGUUUUUAGUCGCCAUCGUCUUGGCAACAGCAUUGGGUGAUGCACAUAAAAAGGCAAAGAAAGAACAUGAAAAAUACAUAAAACACUUAGCAAAAACUGGACAAUUAGGACAAAUCCCAUCCCCAUACAAUCCGGUACAUGGACAAGUUACACCACCAUAUAGUCCGAUACAUGGACAAGUUACACCCCCGUACAGUCCGAUACAUGGACAAGUUACACCCCCAUACAGUCCGAUACAUGGACACGGCCUACACAAUGUGGGAUAUCAGUAUGGUCCACAAGCUCAGCCAUAUGGACAUGGUGGUGUAAUGGCACCUAAUUACGCAGGAGGUGUGCAAUUACCACAAGUUGUGUCAAAUGCACAAGGUGUGCCAUAUGCACAAGGUGUGCCAUAUGCUCAAGGUGUGCCAUAUGCUCAAGGUGUGCCAUAUGCACAUGGUGUGCCAAAUCCACAAGGUUAUAAUGCUUAUAAUCAAUAUCAAGGUAAUGGUACUGGUCUCGUAAGAAAGGUGAAAAAUGCUCUUCAUAAAGUCAUAAAGUAACCAUAUGGUAGUCAUUACCAUAAUAGUUGCCAUCGUCAUUCAUGAUGAGAAAUGGUCCAAAGGUGUCGUAAUCACUUCCAGUAUCCAAUAAUACAAUAUAACUAUCAUUAAAAUGUUAAAACUUUCACUAAACGGAAAUUAUAUAUGUAUUCACUCAAUUACCAUAUUAAAAUUUUACCAUUUGGCAAAUUAAAAA